CUUUUCAAAGAAGCUUCCAGUUCCCGAACCUACAUACUCCUACCUGGCAGUCAAGCAUUCCCAUUCCUGCCAACAUACCUACACUUGACCCUUCAUUCAAACUUCCUCUGCGCAAGACCGUUCGAAACUCGCUUUCCCCGACUCAGUGCCUGCACUCGAGGGAUUCAUCAAUCUCGCAGUCAUGAGUAAUCUCCAACCACCGCCACCCGACUACUCCAGCAUUCGACUCUCCGAUGUCCGCGCGGACGUUCAGCCCUCGCCUGGUCAGUCUAGAGUCAUGACUGCGGCCCUUAUGCGUCGUAAUGCUACUCGCCAGAACCGUCACGGUGAAUACCGCCGCUCGUGGGAUCUAUCUCGAAAUGGCAGUGCCGGCAACAGCAACAGUAACGGCGGCGGCGGCGGCGGCGUCGGCGGCGGUAAUAGCAGUCCAAUUAAUAGGCGCCCAUUGUUCAAUCUCGCGCGCCACAUCGCUACCAGCAACCUUUCGGUUUCUACUCCCGUGGUGGCCUCAUCAGAUGAACCUUCCAGCAAACGCCGUCGCACUGAGCGGACUGGUCAGGUUGAGAUGGAACAGUUGCCUAUGGAAUUGAGGUACUGUGAUGGUGGUAGAUAUGAUGGACGUACAUACACUGGAGACUAUAGCCCGGAAUGUGCGCUCCGUGACGAUUCGAGUGUUUAUUGCACAAAGAACUCGCGCUGCAACAUGAUCCUACGCCAUGUCAACGGCGAGUGCUUUUCUCUGCAGAAACUCGUCAUUCGUGCACCUUCUACUGGUUACACUUCUCCUGUCCGUGCCGGAAUGAUCUUUGUGACCAUGGAGGACGCCGACCUCUUGCACCGCACAAGCUACACGGUGCGCUACGAGACGGACGACGACGAGUGCGACGACAGCAGUGACGACGAGUCCUACGUUCUGGGCCCUGACCCGAGUGGUCCGUCCAAUGAAGCAGACACGGAGCCGUACAGCCCGGUGAUCCCAAUAGCUUGGGGCUCUCAGUUCCACCGUGGAGCCGGUCAACUGCCGCCGAGAGGCACCGGCACGACCGCCAGUCCGCCUUCGGCGUCGCCUCUUUGGGUGAAUCUGGAUGAGCAGAUCAAUCAGUCUCGUCCACCCCCGGCGCAGCUGCUGGACCCGAAUGCUAUUUUCAGCCAUAAGGACAGGAAGUCUAAAUGCGUAAUCAACUUCGAACCGGCGAUCUCUGGAAGGUACAUCCUCGCAAAGUUCUUCGCCACGCCGGAUCAGAAGAACAUCGACAUAGAGUUCAUCGGCGCCUAUGGCUGGGUCGGAAGACGCUUCUUUCCGGCUAUUACCAUGCGAUAAAUGACCAUCAGAUGUCAUACAGUUUCUUCCUUUCUUCUCUGUUGGGGCGUUUUUGGCGUUGGGUGGACUUUACGAUCAUUUCGUUCAUGCUGCUAUUUGAUGAGGAUUGACUGGGCUUUAUAUUUCAUGAUUCUUGUACUUGUACUUGUACCUACUUUUUAUCGCAUAGGGUGCCUUGGUCGGUUAAACGAAUGGAAUUAAUGGCGUUGUCUUUAUAACCUCAAUCUAG